AUGUCUCUUCCCAAGGUCCGCAAUAGUUAUGCGCUAGUGCUAGCGCUAGCGGCGGGUUUCUUUGUGCAGUUCAUGUAUUAUGAAUGGAUGGUGCCUGCCAGAGCAGCAGGGCAGUGCCAUUGGAAAGAAACCGGUGAAAAACCAACAAACGUGCUUCUAGUGGCUGACCCCCAGCUAAUAGAUAACCACACGUAUCCUGGCCGGAAUAGUGCAUUGCUCAAACUUCUGCAGCACACGGUAGAUACCUACUUGGCUCAAAACUACAAAGCGCUUGUUGGAAAGCUUGAACCAGACUACAUCUUCUUUUUAGGUGACUACUUGGAUAAUGGCAGACUGGCCUCAGACGAAUACUUUAACCACGAGGUGCGGCGUUUUUGGCGCAUCUUUGACCGCUGGCCGGAGAAGUACAUUCACGGAAAGAACUGGUUUACGAAUGUGGCCGGCAAUCACGAUAUUGGCUUCGGGAAUGGGAUUGAUGGUGUGGACUUCGUGGUUGUGGACACGCCGCUGUACUCUGCAGAGGGUGAGUUGAGUUCCGACGCUCGAGCUUUUGUGGAUUCGCUUGGUGUUUCAAAGCGAGAUGAAGUUGGGGCUAUCAGCGAAGAAGUUGAUCCCGUCUCGGGAAAGAACUUGAAAGACGUUACAAAGGAGGUGGAUGCAUUGUUUGAGGAAAAACCCAAGGGUGAAGAUGUCAGCCCCGACUUGAAUGCUCUUCCUGAGGAGGUAUCAGAAGACAAAACGGACCAAAAAGACACUAAUAACCAAAAGCUGAGUGAACCAGAAAACGUACCAGAGGAAAAAUCAUCGGAUGCAAAGAAUCAAGAGGAGCCCCAUGCUGCAGUCUCAGAUGACGAGCUAAAAGUGCUUCUCUCACACGUUCCGUUUUAUAGAGACCCAAAGGUCCAGACGUGUGGACCACUUCGUGAAAGUCCCGUCUUUCAUCUCGGUCCGGGAUACCAGUACCAGCUGGCUCUUCUGUCUGACAUCUCGGAUGAGCUUCUUACUAAGAUACGCCCUGUGGUCUCGUUUACUGGCGAUGACCAUGACUACUGCGACGUUACACAUCCGCUUACAGGAACAAGGGAAAUUACAGUAAAGCUGAUCAGCAUGGCUAUGGGGAUCUGGCAUCCAGCAGUUCAACUCCUCUCAUUUGAUGCCUCGAAACUGGAGCUUACAUACGACACACACUUGUGUUAUCUUCCAACGCCAUAUGCUAACGUCAUCUCGUACGCCGUUACUGCAACAGUGAUUGCCUUUCUUUUGUUGGGACACUCUCUUCGCCUCAGGCCCUCGAGAUACAACUACAACUACUCAAUCCUUCCCACGCAUGGUGAUCCCGAACUGGCAAUUCUCAUGGAAAAUCCAAUGUCCAAAAAGGUAUCCGACUUCUUGAAAGAGCAGGACGAGGGUUCCUCUAUCUCUACGCCCAUCCCGGUAUACACCUCGACCGCUGCCAAACUGACGCCUGAGCUAUUGGCUGCGAAAUAUAGGUAUGCACGGUUGGCGGUUCGCAGGUUCUCGAGGAAGUGGAAUUUGGCACUUUUCCUUCGUUUGUGUGUGCUAGAGUUCUCUUUUGUCAUGUUGGGAUAUUUCAUUGUCAUUGCUUCCAUCUGA